UAGUACCUACUUAAUAAGCUAUUCUCAUGACCAGUUGGACUUGAAUCAUCGCGAAGCGAGUACGGGUUGUGUGUUUUUAUUUGUUUACUUGUUUUAUUGUGUGCUAAGUGCGUGUAAAAAUCAAUUUUGUGUAUGUGAAAAAUAAGAAUCGAAAUGACGGAAGAAUCACAAGUUCGCGCGUUUUACGCCGGUAAAAACUUUUUUAUUACUGGAGGCACAGGUUUCGUGGGAUUAUGCCUGAUAGAAAAAAUCUUGAGAUGCAUACCAGAAUCAGGAAAAUUAUAUUUAUUAAUGCGACCAAAGAAGGGAAAAGAUAUAUCGGAGAGGCUAAACGAAUUCCCCGGUCAUUCGGUAUUUGAGAAACUGCUGCAAACGGAGUCCAAGGACAUAUUCUCCAAGCUGAUACCGGUAGCCGGGGAUGUAGGUGAAGAAGACCUUGGGCUCAGCCCAGACGACAGACGAACCCUGAUCGAGAAUGUGAACGUCGUGAUACAUUCAGCUGCGACCUUGGACUUCGAGGAAAAUUUGAAGCCUACGGUUAAAAUUAAUGUGCUCGGCACGAGGAGGGUUAUGCAGUUGUGUCAGGAAAUUAAAGAUUUGAAGGCAAUGGUCCACGUUUCCUCAGCAUACGUAAACUCGUAUCUCCUCGAAGCUGAGGAGAAAGUAUACGAAACACCGGGUGACGUGGAUAGUGUCAUCAACCUUGUGAACCGACUGUCGGAUAAGGCUCUAGAUGACAUGGAGAAGACAAUCCUCCGAGGCCACCCCAACACUUACACAUUCACCAAACACCUUGCUGAGCAUGAAGUCAAGAACUGCUCCAAUAUGUUCCCAUGCACCAUAGUGAGGCCAUCCAUGAUUGUCGCAGCUUGGAAGGAACCAAUGAUCGGCUGGACCUGCUCGAAGGUUGGACCUCAAGGGUUCUUGAUGGGGGCCGCUAAAGGUGUGGUGCGCAGGUUGCCGCUGGCGAAGGAGAACAUAGCGGACUAUAUCCCCGUGGACGUGGUUGUUAACCAGCUGCUGGUGGCCGGAUGGCACGCGGCCAAGCAGAGCUCCGGUCUGACGGUGUACCACUGCACCACCUCCACCCAAAACCCGUUCAGGUGGACGAUGCUGGACUCCAUUGUCAGCGAGAUGCUCCACAACUAUCCGCUGAAGAGCGCCGUGUGGUACCCCCACCUACAGUUCGUUCCGUCUCUGUUUCUCUUCCGCAUAUCCGCCAUCUUCGUUCACUUCAUUCCCGCCAUUUUAUUGGACACGUUGCUGCGCGUCACUGGGGGGAGACCCAUUCUGUUCCGCCUGCACAAGAACGUGUGGAACUCGCUGAGCCGGCUGGAGAGGUUCAUAUUCACCGAGUGGCGCUUCCACAACCCGAACACGAGGCAAUUGGCCGCUGAAUUGAACAAGACGGACGAGCAGACAUUUUUUAUAGACAUAGGCACCAUAUAUUGGAUCGAAUAUUUCGUGAACCUGCACCUCGGCGUGAGGAAGUACCUGAACAAGGAGAGCGAGAAGACGAUACCGCCCGCCAAGACCAAGGACGGAGUAUUGAAAAUCUUCCAUAUCGUGUGGCAGAUUCUGGUUAUUUGUUUUGUUUGGUUGAUUGUAUCUAAGUUACUCGGUACGACCAUGCUCCGAUGCAUCUGGUCCCCUCCCGUUAUAUAUUUUCUUUAUACGCUUUUGUAAUUCAAUGACUUAGAUGCGCCUGUAUUUAACUAUAAAAUAAACUAGUUUCUGCCUUACUUUUAUCAUUUAGGGGUAGAAAUAGAUGUUGGCCGAUUCCUACACUUACAUGUAGUGAAAAUUUCAUGAGAAUCGGUCCAGUGGUUACGGAGAUGUGUGGUAAUUAUUGUGACAUGAUAUGUUUAUAUAUAAAAAUGUUUUUUUGCAAAUAUCUUGCA